AACUGCGGUGUGGAUUCGGAUCUGAGCUCGGUCCCUCCUGCAUGUCCGCCGCAGUCGCCAUGGUCUCGCAGACGCAGCUCCCGCCCGAGAUCCAGCUGGCUCAGCGCCUGGCGGGGAACGAGCAGGUGACCCGAGACCGGGCGGUGCGGAAACUCCGGAAGUACAUCGUCGCCAGGACCCAGCGGGCCACAGGUAGUUUCACACAUGAUGAGCUGCUGAAGGUAUGGAAAGGGCUGUUUUACUGCAUGUGGAUGCAAGACAAACCACUCCUGCAGGAAGAACUAGGAAGGACAAUCUCCCAGCUCGUCCAUGCUUUUCAGACCACAGAGACACAGCACCUGUUCCUGCAGACGUUCUGGCAGACCAUGAACCGCGAGUGGGCCGGCAUCGACAGACUGCGCCUGGACAAGUUCUACAUGCUCAUGCGGAUGGUUCUAAAUGAGUCCUUGAAGGCCGUGAGAACACGAGGAUGGGAAGAAAAGCAGGUUGAGCAGCUUCUGCAGCUGCUGAUCACUGAGAUCCUGCACCCCAGCAGCCAGGCCCCCAAUGGAGUGAAGAGCCACUUUAUCGAGAUCUUCCUGGAGGAGCUGACCAAAGUGGGAGCUAAAGAGCUCACCGCAGAUCAGAACCUGCAGUUCAUUGACCCCUUCUGCAAGAUCGCUGCCUGCACUAAGGACUCCCUGGUUUUGCAUAACAUUGCUCGGGGCAUCUUUGAUACGAUCGUGGAGCAGGCCCCAUUUGCCAUUGAGGACCUGAUGAAUGAAAUGGAUGCGCAGAACGAGGAGGAUGAGGCGUCAGAUGGUGACGGUGAAUCUCUGGAAGGCUCCAUAUGCAGAACUGACCUUGAGAAGGGCAAGGGGACAGGAGACGAUGAGGACAGUGCUGGCCCUGUCCUCCAGUUUGACUACGAGGCCGUUGCUAACAGGCUGUUUGAAGUGGCCAGUCGGCAGAGCACUCCUUCUCAGAACAGGAAGCGCCUCUACAAAGUGAUCCGGAAGCUGCAGGACCUGGCUGGAGGCACCUUUCCCGAGGACGACAUCCCGGAAAAAACCUACAGGCAUCUGCUCGAAGGGAGGCGGGAGCGCAAGAUGAGGAAGCGCUCAUUGAAGUCAAGGUCAAAGAACAAGAGGAGGACUGGAGCAGGGGAAGGCGAGGAGGAGGCCUCUAGUCCAGACCUGGGCUCAGGGACUGAGAGGAAGAGGAGCCAGAAGAGGGUCAGCCUCAACAUUGCACGUGCAGAGUCUGGUGGCCAGAGCGGGGUCCACAAGAGGAGGAAGCUGAGGCAGGGAGGAAGAAGAGUCCGUUGUUGAAGAGCAAGAAAUGACGUGGCCAGGCCAGGAUGGGUGGCUGCUGAGCUUGCUGUGGCUUUCCUUGUCGGUGGCUGAGGGGCAGGAGCCUGGCCCGUUGCCAUGGCCUCUGAGUGCCCACGGCUCCUGAACUUCUGUAAGGGGAGAAGCAGGGGGUGGGGAGAGUGGGGGCCCUUCAUUUUGUGCCAGCCUCAGAAGAUGCACCUGUGUGUGAUGGCCUUGAGCCAAAGUUCAGACUUUGGGGACUCUGAGCGCCUGUCUCAGCCUGGCCUGCACCACUGGGGUCCAUGAAAUAAAACGCUCUACAGUC